AUGCCAAAACCGUUGGUCCAACAGGGAAAAACCGUUGGUCCAACAGGGAAAGACUGGAGUUUAAAGUUGGAAGAUGCCUUAUGGGCAUAUCGAACCGCAUACAAGACCCCGUUUGGAAUGUCACCAUACAGAAUGGUUUAUGGCAAAAUGUGUCAUUUACCGGUAGAGCCGGAGCACAAGGCCUUUUGGGCAGUCAAUAAGGUGAACUAUGACUGGAAUGAGGCGGGGCAAGCAAGGAAACUUGAGAUUCAAGAGUUAGAGGAAAUCAGAAGAGAGGCGUAUGACAAUGCAGUUCUCUACAAGGAAAGAAUGAAGAAAAGUCAAGACGCCCUGAUCACAAACAAGCAGUUCAGCUAUGGGCAAAAGGUCCUUUUGUACCAAACUCGGUUCAAAUUUGCCUCAGGAAAGCUGAGUACAAAAUGGACUGGGCUGUUUGAAGUACAUGCCCAAUUCCCAAAUGGAGCCAUCGAGGUCAAGAAUCUAAAGUCAGGGAAAGUAUUCAAGGUGAAUGGGCAGAGACUGAAGGCCUAUUAUGGGCACGAACAGAAAAUUGGGGAGGAGUUGGAUCUAUCCCCAGAAACAAAUCACUCGGGAUAA